UUUUUAAGUUGAGCAACGAUAACUACCAAAACUGCAUGCCACGUCUGUUUGCUAAAUUUGUUUUUAAUAAUUAGCUGGAACACUCUAUUAACACGAAACAAUGGCACCACAGCAAAAGGGCAAACAAGGCACCAAGGGUGCCAAACAAAUAGUGGAGGAAAACAAGACAACAUUGGCUUUUUAUAGAAACAUGUCUAUUGGUUGUGCUGUCCCAGCUAUUUUGCUAAAUUUUCUAGUCUUUGAGUUUACCAAGCUCACAGUGUUCAUGCUGAUCAUAUCGAUGCUUAUCUUAGGAGCCGCUUAUCAAUUUAUGGUAUUUAUGUCGCGUGCCAAAUAUACGGAGAGCGGUGCUCUCCAGGACUCUGGCAAUGACUUAAACAUGGAAGGCGGCAUUGCGGAAAAUGUGAAGGACCUUAUUAUUCUAACGUCUGGCACAUUGCUCUUGGCGCUGAUAUCAAACUAUUUCUGGCUGGUGUUGUUGCUAGCGCCCGUGCGCGCACUAUGGAUGCUUUGGGGCAGUGUAAUACAGCCUUGGCUCGCCCAGCGCAAUGCCAACGAGCAGGAGCCCGAAGUCGAUGAGAAGAAACAAAAGAAAAUGGAACGCAAAAUGCGCCGCAUGAGAUAAGGAUAAAGGAUCAUUUACCUAAGCCGGGUAUUGUUUUGGUGUGCAGUCAUUGUUUUGUAGUUAAAGCCAUACUCACUUGAGGCUACUUAACAAUUUAUUAUUAAAUGAGAUUUUACGCUUAGUUAUGUAGCCUUGGGGUCUGUCCAAAGACCGCAACAUGGGAGAAAGGUGUUUGUAAUUUUGUUCGUCAGAUU